AAAGGCUGAUCUUACCAAUUCCGAUUAACCUAAUCAAUCGAUUGUUACAUUGAAACUGAGUAAUCACGGUUGACACUUAAUUGAUCGAUUAGCUUAAUCGGAGUUGGUGAGACCAGUCUUCAAAGAUUUUAAUUCAGCUAGGGAUCUAGCAGGAAAACGAACAUCCUGUAUCGUAGGUUUUAACCUGCUGUUGGCACUUCUGCAAUUUUGAUUGUCGAUUAAUUUAACUAGAAACUUCUGAUGACAGUUGGUGAAAGAUGGUGAAAGAGGGAAAACUUUAAAAGUUGUGGAUAUUACGUAGUAUUGUUUGCGACAAUAACCAUGUCAUCAGCGACUCUUAUUAAGCGUCAGUUAACCAACGUGAUAAACAAAUUCAAAUUUGAGGAAUUGGAAAGUGCCGUGAUACCCGUUUUUCCAGAGACAUCGUGGGCUCGCGUCAGAUCCAAAUUGAUUAAGAAUCACAAGAAUUUUACGGUAUCUAAUGUGGUGCACGUUAUCCGGGACAUUCUUGACAACGCAGAUUUAAGUUUGAAAGAUUUACAUGACAGAUUGACAACGCUAGAAGUGACAGAUAUAAGCAGACAUAGCUAUAGAAAAAUAUGGUACGGAUAUAAAUUGUUAGAAUUGAAUAGAGAGUUGAGGCAUCUUGAUAGACAAGAGAUACAGGAAGAUAUCAAAGAGGAAUUUCAUUCGAAGGAUUUGGAUGUGAACAUAAAAGCUAUAAUGUACGAUAAUAUCGUGUUUAUAUCUGUCAAGGAGAAGAAAAAGAAAAAGAAAGUACAACACAUCACGCCAACUUAUUUUGCCUUGUUUUUCGAACAAAAGUAUUUUUUUUGCUCAAAGAAGAAUGUAUCAAUUGACUAUAUAAAAGUGAUAGCUAGCAAUCUAGGUUAUAAUAAUAGCAAAAGAAUCAAGCUGAUGGGCAGGGACCUUAAAUCUUUAAUAAAAUUAUUAUGGAUUAAACAUCAAAAUGUUUUACAAGCUGAAGGUAUUAGUCAACCACCUGUUUAUCAACCGUCUGAACCUGUCAUCAGUAAUAAUGGCGUGGAUUAUACGCAGAGCAAACAACGAAAAAAAUAUGCAGAACAGUGUUUCGGCAAAGAUCCUCCGAUUCUAGAGAAGCUUAUUAUAAAAGGGUCAGAGGAAUCUAUAAAACAUGACAGUGUAGCUUCGAAGUUGCCUAAUAAUACUAUACGUAUAAACUGGGAAUUUCAUAGUCGCAAUAUGGGUAAAUUUUUAACUGCCUUAAUUGAAAGACGCGUGUUCAUGCCGCCAUUACCUGAGUAUAUAUCUAAUUUUAUGAUAAUGGGAAAAAAUGAAUUAACACUUCAGACUGAGCAACAAGCUCAGUCAUAAGUAUGAAUUUUUUUGUAAUAACAAAAUUAAACAUUGACAUUUUAAGACCGGCUACACACGUUCAAGCAAUUUCUCAAAUUUACUUGAACAUGACUGAGACUUA